AUCUGCGCAACCAAGACUCUUUGUGCACGGGCCCACCAGGCUAAGGUACGCUCAGCUACUUUAGCACCCUUCAGUCCCUCGGUUACCAUAUGAUCGUUAUUGUGACAGACGCGUGAAUGUCGCACUUGCCACACACUAGUGGAGGUGACCGCUCUAGUAUCACCAAUGCCGCCGAAGAAAGACCAACUCUCGCCACUGGACUUGCGCCAAAAAGCCGACGAUCACGGCAUUCGAUUUCACGGACCAGUACCCCCAACAUCAUGGAAGAAGGGGUACAGACACAAUUUUAAAGUCAUACGCGCACUCCAAUUCUUGCGCUAUGAAGAGUACCUACAGAACGAGCGCAUUCCUACCGAUCGUAAAGAGAACUACAAGAAAGGCGUCAAGGAACUCCGAACGCAAGUGCAAGAUCUACUCGAUGAAGCUAAUGCCAACGAGGCGUCAUGGCGCGAUCUUGAAAGCCCCAUAUUCGACAGAUUUCGCACACCAGUUAUCUGUCAGAUUAUGAGGCGUUUCCUUUCAACAAAGAGCGUCGGAGCAAGCUUAAUGCUAAACGAAACACUAGAAGGUCCUGCACCUGCAAUAGUAGACGGCCUCGAGAACAGACAAAAGACUAUAAAGGAGGAGCUUAUAAGCCACGUAUCUGGAGACAAUCUUGACUCUACAAACAUUUCCAUGCGGCCAGACGCCGUGAUUGGUUUACGAUCUCCAUCAUCGAUAGCCCGGAAUGAAACCCAUUAUCCGGCGAAGAAUAGACCCAAUCUAUUCCUACCAUUUCUCGUUAUCGAAGCGAAGAAGGAGAAAGAUGCGCCAGGGUUUCGAUCAAUCCAGUACCAGACCGCCUUUCCUGUGCGACGAUUUUUGAUGGCCCAGUCUGACAUAGAUAGUCGCGACGAUACUAGCGAGCCUUGCCUAGUCUGGUUCUUCGCGUAUCAAGGUGAGCAAUGGCGGUUACAUGCCGGCACUCUGGAUGAAGAUAAAGUAAGAAUCUUCGAUCUGUGGCAAGGGACCAUACAGUCACAAGACGGGGCGCUGCAACUACUUCUAAUCGUUGAUUUCAUCUGGUCAUGGGCGCGGGACGUAUAUCGCACAGCUAUCAGGGAGCUCAUUGCGAAUUCAAGGACCAGCUUUGAUAGUGUUUCCCCGGUUUCCACAGAUCGAUUCCGCCACUCAAUUUCACUUUGUCCCACCUCAAGUCCGGCGCCAAAUUCCCAGGAUCUAGAAGGGAUACAGGUCGAUGGGACUGUGAACGGGUACGAUCGAUCCCAGCGACAACAAAGUACAGAAGAAGUAGCUCUCCAGGACGCGAGGUCUGAGCCAUUCCUUCGCUGGGCAGUCGGUCACCCAAAUUCACCUUCCUGGACUGCGUUCGGAAGCAUUCGCCAUGCCAACAUUGUUCAGUUUGAGUUUCAAUAUCACAAUUACUGCGCAGCCGCCGGUUCGUGGGAAGAGCGCCGGCUCUCGAACAAAGAUCGAUUAUUCAAGACAGUUUCAAAGGAACACUCCAUCAGGAUAUCUAGGGAACUUUUAGAUGAUGUCGCAUAUAUCUGGGGAACGCGCAUUCAACCGGACUGGGGCCUUGGACUAGCAUGUGCAUUGCGAGCCACCUUCUACUUCCAUACUUACUGCGACAAAUCUUCAUGGCAGAUUAAGCGAGUAUUACAUUGCAUGAUAUGGGAAGCAGAGCAGCUUCCUGUACAUAAGAAUUGCAACACGAAAGACCUCAUGACAGCCAUGUUGCUAGUUCGUAGCUUUCACGGUAGAGACUCGGCAUCGCAUGCUCUACGAUCUACGGGUUUGAUUCUGCGACCAAAUCAAGGAGAGGAAGGUCCAGAGUGGGUUCCGUUUCUCCACAUCCAUCUAUCGGAGAACACACGUGAUAUCCUUAGCGGGCUUGCAGCUGGAAGUAGUCAAGAUGUUGAACGUGUACGUCACAUCAGCCUCGACAAUGGGCUUUUACAGAUUGCUACCGGUUCGGAAGAGCAGCAUCAACGCGUACCCGCAUCAUGGGGAAGGGACACCCGAACUGGAGACUCUCUGAUUGCUAUUCGUUCCUCUUCAUGGCCUGAUACGAGCCCCAGGUACUGCAUGUUCGUACUCUGCAAGACUGGCUACGAAUCUGGGAGCGAACUGUUAAAUCUUCUCGAGAAAGCCGCUUUCACAAAAAAUACCUAUGCAGAUCCCAACUGUCAAUGGGGUGAGGAUGACAAACGGACAAUCCGUGCCGGACUCUGCCAAUGGCGCGAAGCUCUUGUGCGGGAGACGACGAACACUGCGUAAUCGCGUAGAGUAUACUUCGAGAAUACCAGUGCGCAGUAGCGCGCGACGAUAUGGAACCUGUAGUUUAUGGAGAGCUUCCGCAUAACAAUACCAGCCGCCUGCGAGGAGGGAGGUGCAGAACCAUCCACAAGAGUCAUCUAUCAUCAUGAGCUAGAGAGUAGAUACGCCAGGACAGAAGUCACCUACAGCACCUAUGGAAAACUCCAAAUAA